UGGGAGAAGGAACAAGCUAAUUAAGGCUACCACUUUUUUCGAUUGUUUAUAUAAAGAGGGAGAGAGAGAUAGAGCUGAAAGCGCAAAGAGAGAUUUUCUGUUUACGCGCAGAAGAUGAGAACUGAAACGCAAUCACAAAUGGAAGUAAACGGCAGCUGGAAAGUUGGUCCGACCAUCGGUUACGGUGCCACUGCCACCGUCUCCCUCGCCGCCGAAUCAAAUUCCGGCGAACUCUUCGCCGUCAAGUCGUCCCCCAUCUCCCGCUCCUCUCUUCUUCAAAGAGAGCAGAGUAUCCUGUCUUCCCUCUCGUCUCCCUACAUCAUCUCCUACCUCGGCUUUGAUAUCUCCGGCGACUCGUACCACUUGUUCCUUGAGCUCGCUAACGGAGGAGCCCUCUCUGAUUUCGCCGGCCGGCUUGACGAGUCCAAAAUCCGAUCUUUCACUCGCCAGAUCCUACUCGGGCUCUCCUACCUCCAUUCGAACGACAUCGCCCACUGCGAUGUCAAGGGGAGGAAUGUUCUUCUCUGCUCCGAUGGCAUCGUCAAGCUUGCGGAUUUCGGAUGCGCCAAGAGUGUUGGUGAUGGCGGUCGGUCGGUGAUGGGGACGCCGGCGUUCAUGGCGCCGGAGGUUGUACGAGGGGAGGAACAGGGGAUCGCCGGCGAUGUGUGGUCUCUUGGAUGCACCGUAGUGGAGAUGGCUACAGGAAAGUCUCCGUGGCCGGAAGCCACUAAUCCAGUUGCGGCUAUUCACCAAAUUUCGUUUUCUUCCGACGUGCCGGCGUUGCCGGAUUGGGUUUCGGACAAAGGGAAGGACUUUGUUUCCAAGUGCUUGAGACGGGGUCCGAAGGAGAGGUGGACAGCGGAGCAGCUUCUUCACCACCCAUUUAUUGCGGAAGCAGAAGAACUCUGCUCCAGCAGCAAGAAGGGAAAGUGGAUAUCACCAAAGAGCACUCUGGAGUUAGAUUUGUGGGACUCGGAAACAGACGGAGAGGAUGAUCAGGAGCAGCAGCAGGAGGAAUUAGCGUCACAAGAAAUAAAUUCACCUAACAGAAUCCGGCAGCUUGAGUCACCGCCGGCGAACUGGGCGUGGGAUGAUAGUUGGACUGAAGUCAGAGAAAGAAACGAAGAAACCGACGAGUCUGUGACUCUGGACUCUGAACUGUCAAAAGACAUAGACGACGCUGAAUGUUCGGGCAGCGGAAGGGACAUGGCCGCUGAGACCAUUGAGUACGAAUUUGUAAGCUUAUGGAGUGAAUCUAUGGAUGUAAAGGAAGAAGAGUUGGACUCUGUUCCAUUUGCUGGUAAUGUGAAAGCAGAUGAUGAAACAGAGUAUGUAGGGAGGAGAUGUAAUUGUAAUUUUGAUGAUAUGAAAGAGCUUCAGAUUUCUUAUUGGCUUAUUGCAUUUUGUUCAUAGGUACAGAAAAUCACAAAAGCUGCAACAAGAAAUCAUUCAAUGCUCAAAAUCAUAGCAGAAAGAAGA